GUAUCCGGCGCAUCCUGAUGACGUAGACAGACACGCUUACUCUUGCUUUGUGAUGCGGGAUGAAAACAUGGCGGUGUCAACCAACCGAGCCACGGUCCAAAUCCAACCAAAGGAGGAAGUAGACGAAGAGGAGCAGCGCGCGGCCAGAUCCGACAGCGGCAGCAGCGAGGAUUCUCUCGACGGCCUUUUGAGGCGCACCUGCCCUCUGACGCCGUCGCUGUCUCCGCAGAAGAGGACCACGAGUCAAAGUAAAACCGAGCCUCCUCUGCUAAGGACCAACAAGCGGACGAUCUACACGGCGGGACGUCCACCCUGGUACAACGUCACAGGAACCACCUUUAAGGAGGCGUUCGUUAUAGGUCUGUGUGGGGGGAGCGCCUCGGGGAAAACCACCGUCGCCAAUAAGAUCAUCGAGGCUCUGGAUGUUCCAUGGGUCGUCCUUCUGUCCAUGGACUCCUUCUAUAAGGUGUUGAGCAAAGAGGAACAGGAGCUUGCGGCGAGGAACGAGUACAACUUUGAUCAUCCGGAUGCUUUCGACUUCGAACUGCUCAUCACAGUGCUGAGGAAACUGAAGAAGGGCAAAAGCAUCAAAGUGCCCGUCUACGACUUCACCACACACGGCCGUCGCAAAGAGUGGAAAACUGUGUAUGGGGCCAAUGUUGUAAUAUUCGAAGGAAUCUUGGCUUUUGCAAAUAAGGAGCUUUUGAAGCUGCUGGACAUGAAAGUGUUUGUGGACACUGAUUCGGACAUCCGGCUCGUCAGGCGGCUAAAAAGGGACAUCACAAAUCGAGGUCGAGACAUCGGCGGCGUCAUCAAGCAGUACAACAAGUUCGUGAAACCGGCAUUCGAGCAGUACAUCGAACCCACAGUGCAGGUCGCAGAUAUCGUGGUUCCGAGAGGAGGAGAGAACUUCGUAGCGCUGGAGUUGAUCGUGCAGCACGUGCACAGUCAGCUCGAAAAGCGUGAAAGCACAGUGAGAUCUGCCUUGGCUUCAGCACAUCAGGGUCAACCUUUACCAAAGACCCUCAGCGUGUUGGAGAGCACCCCUCAGGUCCGUGGGAUGCACACCAUCAUCAGGAAUAAGGAGACAAACCGGGACGAGUUUAUUUUCUACUCGAAGAGGUUGAUGAGGCUCCUUAUCGAACACGCACUCUCCUUCUUACCGCUGAGGCCGGUGUCCGUCGAAACACCUCAAGGGACCGUGUACGAAGGGAAGAGGCUCAGCGGGAAACGGAUCUCUGGAGUGUCCAUUCUGCGUGCAGGAGAGACGAUGGAGCAGGCCUUGAUGGCGGUGUGUAAAGACAUCCGACUGGGGAAGAUCCUCAUCCAGACAAACCAUGACACUGGGGAGCCUGAGCUCCACUACCUGCGCUUGCCCAAGGACAUCAGCGAGGACUACGUGAUCCUGAUGGACAGCACCGUGUCAACCGGCGCAGCUGCUCUCAUGGCCGUCCGAGUUUUACUCGACCAUGAUGUCGAGGAGGACAAGAUCUUCCUGCUGUCUCUGCUCAUGGCUGAGAUGGGCGUUCACUCGGUUGCGUACGCCUUUCCCAAGGUCCGUAUCAUCACCACAGCCGUGGACAAGAAGGUCAACGACGAGUUUCACAUCAUCCCAGGCAUUGGAAACUUCGGGGACCGUUAUUUCGGAACAGACGCUCCAUCGGAGUGGUAUGAAAGCGAAGAAGGGAUGGAUUACUAAAGGGAAGGGAUCUAUUUUUUUUUUUUUUUUUGUGAGCAAAAGGAGGAAUUUGCUUCCUCCUAAGACUGCUGCUGAUUCACUGCCGAGACGGUGCUGCUCAUCUCAACCCUAGUGUUCAGAGUACUUAUUCUUUUAUUAUUGUUCUGAUUAAUAUUAUUAAUUGAAGGUUUUUUUUUUCUUGUUUUCGAAAAUGUUUUACAGGGUAUGACGUUUAAUUUCUUUCUUUCUUUCUUUUUUGUGUCAAAGAAAUGACUUUUGUUUUCGAUUCGAGCUCUCAGUAGCAGUGAGGAAAUCGUUUCUCGUUCCUUUUCAAGUCGUAAUUUCAGGUUGUAAUUAUUCAAAAAUGUCACUUUGCUGUCUGAAAAUUCGGCGCUGAGACGACGUGGGUGCACACGUCUACCAUACACAGCUGUAAAGAAAAAGACCACCGGAUUUAACCAACCUUGGGUGCAACAGUUUA